CUUCCAUCUCCUCCUCCUCCUGCUCUCUGUGUAUAUAUGGAGGGGUUUCCUCCGAAUAGUACAGCCCAGACAGAAGGUAGAAGAGAGAGGAUUGCUCUUCACCUGCUUAUCAGACGAGGUUCACCAUCACCCGGAAGUUCUUCCUUGUAAGGAGGUGGGGGUCUUUUUCCCCUUGAUGCAGUAAGCAUCCCCCACCUCCUUUUUACUGCUUCCAUGGGGUUUGUUUGAGAGGAGUCCACAGAGAUGGAGAGAUGCCUCCCCGCGGGCUCUAGCCCAAACCUUAUACACUUGGGUUGCCAUGGGAAUCUUAUGAUAAUCUGAGAGGAAAUAAGUCCUGGUAACAUUGCCAUUACUCAUGAUGUGCCUGAAGUGAAGAGGAAGGGAAACACUUAACAUAUCCAAGUGCCAAGGCUCUGCUGUGUCAUGGCUACGGACUCUGGUGAAUCAGCCAGCACAGAGGAAUCAGAGAAACCUGAUGGAGUCUCUUUGGAAGGUAGGGACUCCUCGGCUGUUGCCCCUUUGACCAUGGAGACCAGGACCAAAGAGGAUGUCAACACACCUGCCUCUGGAGCAACUACAGAGAGGAAAAGGUUUUUCCGAAAGAGUGUGGAGAUAAUGGAGGAUGAAAAAGCCUUGGAACCCACUCCAAAGGAUGAACAGGACCAGUUUGUGAUGGGUGACCAGAGGGUGGCUCAUCUUUCUUCCAGCAGUCUGGUGGCAGGCCAGGAGGCCAGAUGUGAGCAUGGCUCGAAGGUGAAUUUGGAAGCUUCAAAGGAAAGAACCAAGAAAGAAAUAGAAGAGGAGGCCGAGAUGAAGGCUGUGGCUACAUCGCCUGGAGGAAGGUUUCUGAAAUUUGACAUUGAGCUGGGGAGAGGGGCCUUCAAAACAGUGUUCAAGGGCCUGGACACAGAAACCUGGGUAGAAGUCGCUUGGUGUGAAUUGCAGGACAGGAAGCUGACCAAAGCUGAGCAGCAGAGGUUUAAAGAAGAAGCUGAGAUGCUCAAGGGAUUGCAACAUCCUAACAUUGUCCGAUUUUAUGAUUCUUGGGAAUCAACUGUUAAAGGGAAAAAGUGCAUUGUAUUGGUAACUGAGCUGAUGACAUCUGGAACACUGAAGACGUACUUAAAGCGUUUCAAAGUCAUGAAGCCAAAGGUGUUAAGGAGCUGGUGCCGACAGAUCUUGAAAGGGCUGCAUUUUCUGCACACGAGGACCCCUCCUAUCAUCCACCGUGAUUUGAAAUGUGAUAACAUCUUCAUCACGGGGCCCACUGGUUCAGUGAAGAUUGGCGACCUGGGACUGGCCACCUUAAUGCGCACAUCGUUCGCUAAGAGUGUCAUUGGAACUCCUGAAUUUAUGGCUCCUGAGAUGUAUGAAGAACAUUACGAUGAGUCUGUUGAUGUCUAUGCUUUUGGAAUGUGUAUGCUGGAGAUGGCGACCUCUGAAUACCCAUAUUCUGAAUGCCAAAACGCAGCUCAAAUCUACCGAAAAGUCACCAGUGGCAUUAAACCUGCCAGUUUUAACAAGGUUAUUGAUCCAGAAGUGAAAGAGAUCAUUGAAGGCUGCAUUCGACAAAACAAAUCUGAAAGGCUAUCCAUCAAAGACCUUUUGAAUCAUGCCUUCUUUGCUGAGGACACUGGACUUAGAGUGGAGCUGGCAGAGGAUGAUGAUGGACUGAAUUCCUCCCUGGCUUUGAGACUUUGGGUAGAGGAUCCCAAGAAGCUGAAAGGCAAGCACAAAGAUAAUGAAGCCCUUGAGUUCAGUUUCAACCUGGAAACAGAUGUCCCAGAGGAGGUGGCUUGUGAAAUGGUGAAGUCAGGAUUCUUCCACGAAAGUGACUCUAAAGCUGUGGCUAAGUCCAUCCGGGAUCGUGUCUCCCUAAUCAAGAAGACAAGGGAGAGGAGGCAGGUGGGCUACCUGGAGGAGAGAAGAGACUCUCAAAGCAAGCUGCCAAGUGGGCUACCAUUACUCCAGCCACAGGGCUCAUCAUUCACCACUCCUUCCCAACAGAGCAGGACGGAGUGCGAGGAAACAGAGGUGGACCAACAUGUCCGACAGCAAAUCUUUCAACAAAUGCAGCACAGCUCCUCCAUUGCAGCUGACAGUUUAUCUGAGAGAGGAGCAGGUUCAGUUAUACUUUCGGAUGCCUCCAGCCAACAUAGCCUGGCUUUCUCCUCGGAACAGAUUAUGGGCCCCCAGCAGGCCCCCAAUCUCUCACAAGCUGAAAACAGUGUUCAAGGACACAUCUACGCUUCCCAGCAGCUGGUGGGACAUUACCAGUCGAUGGCAGGGGUGCAACAGCAGCCAGCAAAUGUGGCCCACCCCAGCGCUUUACCACUAAUCCAGAGUCAGCCUUCAACCCUACCCACCCACAGCUUGGCCCCCCCUGUGGUUCCUCAAGCCCAGGCGUCUCCUAUUGCACUUCAGCAGUUCACACCGAGGCUGGCUCCAGAUGCACAGGGAUCCUACAGUGCAGAAGGGCAGACAUUGGAUGGAUCCAUCAUGGGAGUCCCCCAGCAGAUCUUGACCGCCACUUCCCCUCAGACUACUGCUCCACAGAUGGUGAACCAACACCUGCCAGCUAACAUACCGUUGACCUCUGCUGCUAGAAUCAGUAGUCAGGCUCCAGCUGCUGCAGGAUCAAUGGAACUGGAACAUGCUUCUGCCAGCUUUGUGCCUGCUGGUCAUUCACCUGUGCUGCAGGGGCAGCCUUCAGUUCAGUUUGUCAACAAUAUGCCAAGUUUAGCACAGGCUCUUCCUAACCCAUCAGCUGUGGCGUCAGUUCCACAGGGAGUUACAUCCAUUCAACAACCCCAGCAAGUUCCCCAGCAGGUGGCAUCCAUGCAGCAGCCCCAGCAACAGUCCCAGCAAGUCCCCCAGCAGGUGGCACCCAUGCAGCAGCCCCAGCAAGUUCCCCAGCAGGUGGCAUCCAUGCAGCAGCCCCAGCAAGUUCCCCAGCAGGUGGCACCCAUGCAGCAGUCCCAGCAAGUUCCCCAGCAGGUGGCACCCAUGCAGCAGCCCCAGCAAUUUCCCCAGCAGGUGGCACCCAUGCAGCCAGUCCCAGCAAGUUCCCCAGCAGGUGGUAUCCAUGCAGCAGUCCCGCAAGUUCCCCAGCAGGUGGCACCCAUGCAGCAGCCCAGCAAGUUCCCCAGCAGGUGGCACCCAUGCAGCAAGUCCCAGCAAGUUCCCCAGCAGGUGGUAUCCAUGCAGCAGCCCCAGCAAGUUCCCCAGCAGGUGGUAUCCAUGCAGCAGCCCCAGCAGGUGACAAUGCAGCAAGUUCCCCAGCAGGUGGUAUCCAUGCAGCAGCCCCCGCAAUUGCCCAGCAAGUGGCACCCAUGCAGCAGCCCCAGCAAGUUCCCCAGCAGGCAAUGUCCAUGCAGCAGCCCCAGCAUGUUCCUCAGCAAGCAACAUCCAUGCAGUCCCAGCAUGUUCCUCAGCAGUUGGUGGCUAUGCAACAGCCCCAGCAAGUUCCCCAGCAGGUGGCACCCAUGCAGCAGCCCCAGCAAGUGUCCUCUAUUCAACAGCUUCAGCAGGCAGCAGUAAUACAGCAGUCUCAGCAUAUUCCCCCACAAGUGGGCUCCAUUCAGCAAUCUCCACAAAUUCCCCAGCAGGUUGGUUCAUUCAGCAGUCCCAGCAGGUUGUGCCAGUACAUCAGGUCUCUGCCGUGCCACAGCCGAUUGCACUUCCACAGUGCCCACAGUAUCCCACGCUGCCCUCGAUGCUUCUGCACAGCCUUCCCUGGUGCAGCAAGAGCAGCAAGCUAUUCAGAUGCACCAAUCCACAGAUCAGCAUCCUUGUGUAAGGCAACAGAUGUUAUACCACCUGCCUCUACAGCAGCAGAAACAAAGAGCAGUUUCUUUCCAGGGCAGCUCUACAGAGCAGUUGGCAGCUGUUGCUCAACAAGUUGUAGAAACCGCAGCAGCCGAGCUCUCGGGUUCAACUCCAGAGCAGGUGGCUUAUCUCCAGUACCACGUGCAAGCACCAGAACAGCUAAUAUAUCAAACACAGGCCCCCCACCAACUCCCCGCUUCAGAGCAGCUGACACCUCAAGUGCAGCCCACCAACCAGCUCCAGGCACCAGAGCAAGCAGCAUGUCAGAUGCAUGUCCGCUUACACAAUGCAAGGCCUGAUCAGCCUCCGUGCACAGAGCAAAUGGUCUAUGCAGUCCCUGGAGUGUAUCCAGGACAGCCCUUGGACCAACCGACAUAUCCGAUGCAGUCUUUUUACCAAGGACGCGCUUUCGUAACCCAACCAGCACCAUCUAGUUCCGCCUCGGAGAUCCAGCAGGCUCACUUAGCAGUACACGUCGCAGAUCAACGGAGUUUUGCCGCGCUCGGUCCUGAGAAAUCGUUAUAUACGGUGCAGGAUAGUGGCACUGGCUGCAUGGAGCAGCAAGUUUGCCGAGGGCAACCAGUGGAGGCCCAUGCUUAUCCCUCUGAGCAGCUCCGGCCUGAGCCAUCAACAUAUCUGAUCCAGCAGGAUUCCGGCAUAGGGCACCAGCAGCUGCAGCCUCCUCAGGCGAGACACAAGUUUUCAGAAGGCCAACAGCCAGGAUCGCAAGCCCCUUUUGUCCCAUCUCAGCCAUCUUUUAUCCCACAAAUGCAGCCACAGGCUCCGUAUCAAGACUUCAAACCAGCAUGCUAUUCCUCAGCCCCUCAACGCCACAGUCCACAGUCUGCCCCAAACGCACCACAGACGGUGUCUUCCAUGCCAGAACAGUCAGAGCCAGCUUAUGCAAGGCAACAGCCGCCAGAACUGCCCGACUUGCAUGGUCCUAGCCUCCUCCAGCAACCUCCAGCAUUUCAGCCAGGCCUGACAAUACCAACCAUUUACAGCUUCCUCAGUAACAGUCAGCAUAUGUGCAGCAGCAGCCGCCAAUGCUUCCUCUUGUGGAAAAUUGGCCAAACAGACAAAAGCAAGCAGCGGAGAGCUUCCUGCGCCCGAACAGAGAAGGGAACAAAAUUUCAGCUCACUGUGCUGCAGGUGUCAACAUCGGGGGACAACACUGUGGAGUGCCAGCUCGAGACUCAUAACAACAAGAUGGUCACAUUUAAAUUUGAUGUUGAUGGAGAUGCUCCGGAAGACAUUGCUGACUACAUGGUUGAAGAUGACUUUGUGUUGGAAAAUGAGAAAGAGAAAUUUGUUGAUGAACUGAAGGCUAUUGUUUGCCAGGCCCAGGACAUCAUCCGCAGUCUUCCGGUUGAAGAGCGAACUACUGGCACAGAGUCUACACCUUCUGAUCUUACCCAAACAGGAUCUUCUGAACAAGUUCAGAUAAACCCAGCAUCUACUCAAACUGGCAGUGAAUCCGCUCCUCAGUCAUCCCCUGUUGGCCGCUGGAGAUUUUGCAUCAAUCAAACAAUAAGGAACAGAGAAACCCAGACACCUUGCACUCUUCUACAGUCAACUACAGCUGCCCCGGGGUGUCAGAUAACAGACCAUAUAAAGGAGAGUACCAAAGAAGAUCACCCCCAGGAUUGUCCACAGGCUGUGGAAAAUCUCAGCAGCCAGCACAGAACGAUCCCCUCUUCCAGCUCAAAUGAGCUAAGUGACAGUAUGGUAUCUGAACCCCAAACAUUGGAAACUGAGCAGUCAGCAAUUCCUCACCAAGUGGAAGGCAGCAUGGAUAAGCUGCUGUCUGCCACUGCUGGUGACAAUUAUGAUGUUACUGCUUCUGAUUCUUCUGCUUGGCCAGAGUCUUUAGAGGCAGAGACCCAGGCUGACGAAACUCACUUACCUUCAUAUACACCCCAUCCAACAUCUGGCAUUGCAGAGCAAAGUAUGCCCACUGAGGCCUUUGUGCCCAGACCAACCACCUGCCACAUCCCGGCCACUGAGGAAGCAGAUAACACGAUGAGCACAGAACAGACCAGUGCUUUGGCUCAGACCCCUGGACAAGAAGGUGCCCCCUUUGCAUCCACUCUGGAGUCAGACAGUGAGGGCCCCCCUAAGAUGGACUUUGUCGACAACAACAUCAAAACUCUGGAUGAGAAGCUGCGGACGCUUCUGUAUCAGGAACACAGCUUGUCGGGCACUUCACCUGAGAGCCAGAAAGACACACAAAGUGCAUUGGAGUCUCCAUUCUCCUCGUCUGCUGAAGAAACUCUUCCUGGCCCAGUUCUUGAUGCACCAGACACUAUCUCCCCCCAAGAGACCCAGCAAAGCCCCACCAAGCUUUCAGACCCCCAGGCUAUGCUGAUCCCAUCUGCAGAUCAUCCAGACAGUUUGCCAGUGCUGAGGAGGGAGCCCAGUGCUAUCACCUCUGCUCCCAGUGAUCUCUGUAUGCAUGAGAUGUCCCCGGAGGCUUCAUUUCCUGAGAACCCUGUGGCCUGUCCUGCUUCAGCAUCAAGUGGUGGAGCUGUGCACCUGCAUGCAGGAGGUGGAUAUUUUGGCCUAAGCUUUACUUGCCCUAGUCUCAAAAACCCUAUUAGCAAGAAAUCCUGGACUCGCAAAUUAAAAAGCUGGGCAUACAGGCUACGGCAGACCAGCUUUUUCAAGAAAUCAAAAGUCCGGCAAGAGGAGAUGACUGGCGAUGUUGCUCCUGAUUGGAUUUCUCUCUCUGAGCAUGCAACAGUGCAGAAUAAAGCACCUGGUCAAUCUGUGGCUGGAUCAUUCCAGCGAGGCCGAUUUCAGGUCAUCACAGUGCCACAGGCUUCAGGUGGUUCAGAAAGUGAACCCUGUGAGAUGCCGCCUUCCUCAGAACUUGGUCCAGAAGAAGAGGCUCCCAGAAAAGGAGAAAUUGCUAUGUUGGCUGGUGCCAUGGGUGAAACAGAUGCAUCCCCUACCACCCCUGAGCAGCGGGACCUGGAGGAGAACUCUGCUAUCGCUAGCAGGAUGCAGUCCUUCUCAGAGCCAUGGGCCAAAGGCAGUUUUGUGCGGAAGCAGCCUAGCUCUGACAGUGAACUUUCUGCCCCCAUGGGUGGUAGCCUGGAGGGCUGGGAGCGAAGCCAGCAGUCACAAGAGGAGAGGGAUGGCACCCACAUAAAGAGGCGCAGUUCACUCUUUUACUCCCCCUCUUCCCCAAUGAGCAGCGAUGAUGAGUCUGAGAUUGAAGAUGAGGACCUGAAGGUGGAGCUGCAGCGUUUGCGGGAGAAACACAUUCAGGAGGUAGUGAACCUUCAGGCUCAACAGAACAGGGAGCUGCAGGAGUUGUAUGAACGGCUCCGCUCCAUCAAAGAUAGCAGGUCAGAAUCCUCUGACAUGUCCCUGCAACUGUCGUCUCCACGCCGGCCCAAGUCUUUCAAAAGCAAGCUGCGUAGCAGGCCACAGUCUCUGUCGCAUGUUGACAAUGGCAUUGUUGCUCCUGAAUGCUGUUGUGCUACCACUGCUGCCUCUGUGAUAGACUAUCAGUUGAGCAUUCAGGCCCAUUUGCUGCACCAGAGCUGUUCACAAGCAGAGACUAGCCAAGACCAGCUCUGCAUCGUCAGCAGCACUGCUUCUUGUCAGCAGACUACGGCCAGUAAGAAAGGGAUGUUCACAGAUGACUUGCACAAACUGGUGGACGACUGGACAAAAGAAAAGGUGGGGAACUCCCUUAUCAAGCCAAGUCUCAACCAGAUCAAACAGAACAAGCAUCGGCUGGACUCCGACAGCUGGAGCAAAGUAUAUGAGACGACAACAUCUACAGUGGGCUACACGUCCACAUGGAUUUCCUCGCUUUCCCAGAUCCGAGGGACCGUACCAGCUGCUUUACCCCAAGGACUUCCCCUGUCCCCCUUUUCUGGCACACUAUCGCCAUAUGGAGUACCCCACGUAUGCCAGUAUAACACCAUGACAGGGACAACUUACCCAGUGCAAUGGGUGGGCAUUUCAGGGACAGCCCAGCAGUCUGUUGUUGUCCCUGCCCAGCCUGUGGGACCAUUUCAGCCAGGGAUAAGCAUGCCAGCCUUUCCAGCAUCACCUGUACAAAACCCAGCUCCCAUCCCCCCAAGUCCCAAAUGAAGGCGGAUGGCUAAAAGGAUGAUCGAUAUGGGGACUGUGCCUAUAACUCAUGAUUCCAUUCCUCUGCCUUGCAUUCUGCGGCCUGGAUUUUGGGGUGAAUUCCCCAGAGCAGCAAUGUGGUGGGAGAUUGCCUUUGCAUUCUCUUAUUUGAAUACUUGAUAUAAUAUUCUUUGGGGGGAUUUUUUUUUUUUUAAUAUCAUACUUGAGAGAGCUUUGGCCUGUGCAUCUCAUUGUUCCUGAGAUGGACAGCAUGCCCAUGUGCUGCUUAAUAAUGACCCUUCCCUGUCAUUCUGGCCCCAGGUCCCUUGAGUUUUUGAGGCUGAUAGUAACCCUUUUUAAAUUGUUCACAUACUGGAAUUUGAGUUAAUUUACUGAAGGAGUGGGAGCAGCAGAGAAAGUGACACUUUGGAUCCUCUUUUAAUUUUAUAUUUCUGCCUAGUUUCAUUGGCAGCUUUCAUUGACGGGGGGGGGGCAGAUUUUAUUUGUAGAAAGAUUUGCUGCCACUGGAUCCUGUCUUAAAUUCUCUCCUCUCCUACCCCAAGUGACAGGCCUUUUACAGUUGGAGGACCAUUGAAGGAA